AUGCCUGGUGAUGAAUCCUCAGGUUCCAAAACCUCUACCAAUCAGAAGCCAUAUGGUGUUGUUAACAUCAAAACUCAUGUUCAUAUUAUUCUCGACUUCAAUGAAUUAAACUAUGAUGGCUGGCGUAGAUUGUUUGAAACUCACUGUAGGGGAUAUUGGGCGCUUGGAUUUCUCGACGGGACUUCACUUCCAAAGUCUGAUAAGGAUGAAGAAUGGUAUACCCUUGACUCCAUUGUCAAGUCAUGGAUCUAUGUCACUCUCACUCAGCCUCUCUUCACAUCCAUAGUCAAGAAAAACUCUACCGCUCAUUCCAUAUGGCAAAGCCUUGAAGACUUGUUUCGUGAAAAUAAAGAUACCCGGGCCAUUGAACUUGAAAAUGAACUAUGA